GAUGACGCUUAGAUGACUGUUACAGUUUACUAUUUAUAAUUGACGGGAAAAAAAAGGAAUUAAAUGAAUAAAAUUGCUCCAAGGUGAGGGAGUCGUUUCCUAAUCUUAAGACUUGCAACAGCUACAAGGGUGUGAUCACAAGAGCAGACAAAGUGGGAGGGAAGGAGCAGUCUUUCCAACCAGCUUCUCUCUCAUCUGUUGGAACUUGUUAACAAAACACUGCCUGCAGGGCCAUGUUGCAGACUCUUGAAGAGUGGCUAUGGUGGGAGCAUUUGUGGCUGCCAGCAAAUGUCUCCUGGUCCGAUCUAGAGGACAAAGAAGAUCAUGUCUACGCCAAAGCGUCUCAACUUUACGCUGCUCUGCCCUGUGCCCUCGGCCUGCUUCUAGUCAGAUACCUAUUUGAAAGAUAUUUGGCCAUGCCGUUGGCAAAUGGUUGGGGGAUCAAGGACAUGGUACGUCUUACAGCUGAACAAAACUCUAUCCUGGAAAAAUACUUCUGCAGCCAAACACGAAACCCAUCUCAGGUUGACAUGAUGUCUCUGUGCAAGAAGACUGGCUGGCCAGAGAGGAGAGUGGGAGUAUGGUUCAGGAGGAGGAGGAAUCAAGAGCGGCCGGGGCUUCGGAAGAGGUUCUGCGAGGCCAGCUGGAGAUGUGCGUUUUAUGUUUUUGCUUUUUUGGGUGGAAUCUUGGCCCUUUAUAAUAAACCUUGGCUUUAUGAUCUAAAAGAGGUCUGGGCAGAAUUUCCGAAACAGUCAAUGCUGCCAUCGCAGUACUGGUAUUACCUCCUGGAAAUGGGCUUCUACCUCUCUCUUAUCCUCAGCCUCACAUUUGAUGUGAAACGAAAAGAUUUCAACGAGCAGGUGAUUCAUCAUAUAGCCACACUGACUCUUCUGAGUUUCUCCUGGGUUUCAAACUACAUCCGGAUCGGAACCCUGGUGAUGGCAGUUCAUGACUCCUCUGACAUUCUGCUGGAGGGUGCAAAGAUGUUUAACUAUGCAAAGUGGCAUCAGACUGCAAAUGCCAUGUUUGUGGUGUUUACCCUUCUUUUUAUGAUAACAAGACUUAUUAUUUUUCCUUUCUGGCUCAUCCACUGUACGUGGGUCUACCCAAUGGAGAGGUUCGCCCCUUUCUUUGGCUACUAUUUCUUCAACAUUAUGUUGAUGGUCCUACAGAUUCUCCACAUCUACUGGGCUUUCCUAAUAUCAAGAAUGGUUUACAAGUUUAUUUUCAGCAAGCUGGAAGGUGAUGUUCGGAGUGAUGAGGAGGAGGAUGACAGUGACCCACCAAAGGGAAAAACGCACAAAUGGGGUCACAUGAAUGGCGCUGGUGCCCGAGGCCGGGCCAAUGGUCACUGA